CGGCGCCCGGGGAGGAGGGAGGAGAGGGGAGGGGAGGGGUGCCUGGAGAGGCCGCGGCUCGCGCGCCUGCGCAGCCAGCUCCAGGGACCCUAGGUUUUCUAUGGGAUUCCCAAUCUGCAGCAGAGAUUUACCGGAGCGUGUUGCGGCGACGGCUGGGCUCGCAAGGCGCGAUCCGACGGGGAUUUAAGCAGCCCAGAGCUCCGAGAAAAGAGAGCGAGAGAGAACCGCACACAGAGACGGCUGAACCGCUCACCCGAAUUAAAUAUAUAUAUUUUUAAAAAGAACUGUUGAGUUUUAUCAUUUUCCUUAAGUGACCGUGCGCAGCGCUAUAACUGCAGAAUGGGGAAGCAGAAUAGCAAACUGGCCCCCGAAGUCAUGGAGGACCUGGUGAAGAGCACGGAGUUCAAUGAGCAUGAGCUCAAGCAGUGGUACAAGGGCUUCCUCAAGGACUGUCCGAGCGGGAGGCUGAACCUCGAGGAGUUUCAGCAGCUCUACGUGAAGUUCUUCCCCUACGGCGACGCGUCCAAGUUCGCGCAGCACGCCUUCCGAACCUUCGACAAGAACGGGGACGGCACCAUCGACUUCCGAGAGUUCAUCUGCGCCCUGUCCAUCACCUCCAGGGGCAGCUUCGAGCAGAAGCUGAACUGGGCCUUCAACAUGUACGACCUGGAUGGCGACGGCAAGAUCACCCGAGUGGAGAUGCUGGAGAUCAUUGAGGCUAUCUACAAAAUGGUGGGCACUGUGAUCAUGAUGAAGAUGAAUGAGGAUGGUCUCACGCCUGAGCAGCGAGUAGACAAGAUUUUCAGCAAGAUGGAUAAGAACAAAGACGACCAGAUCACGCUGGAUGAAUUCAAAGAAGCUGCAAAGAGCGACCCUUCCAUUGUUUUACUUCUGCAGUGCGACAUCCAGAAAUGAGCUGAUGUCAAAGCUAUGGACUGCACAGAAGUCUCAAUGUUCCAUUCAGUCUGCAGCUAUACACACACACACACACACACACACACACACAAUAUUGCUUGGACUACCUAUAAAUGGACUUGCUUCUUGUGUUUGAAACACUUGUGUGCAUGAGAAUGUCAUUUGCUAAUGAAUUUUAAAAUCAUAUAUUAUAAAAUGAGACAAACAGACAACCUGCCACAAAGUGAUCUGUGUAAUAUCAUUUCAUAAAAAAACAACCUUCUUCCCCCAAAGCCUGGGCAGAAAUGUGCUGCAAAGAGCUCUAUGAUUUCUUGUACAUGUUUUGCUAAUGCUCGUGUCUCCUUGAUUACAUAAUGUUAGUAGCACUGAGACCCUCACAGUAAUGUAACUCAAUUAAAUUAUGCUGUGUCGCCACUCUCCUGUACAAUAAUGCCAGACGGACGUACAGAGGGGCCCUUGGCUCCUGUGUCUGGUCCACACACGAGAGCUUCCAUCAUCGGUGAAUAUAAAUAUACUACAUUUGCAUGCCUUUUGGGUUUGCCUUAAUUCUUACCUCAUUUGCAUCCUAUCAAUCUGGAAAGAGCUGUGGUGGAUGAAUGCAGUAUAAAACUUAAAAACCCUGCUAAAUGACUCAUAAGUAUUAUCUAUCUAUAUAUACAUAUACACAAAGAUAUUAGUUAUUGAAAGUAAAAAACAAAGAUGGAAGUGUGUUGAUUUCUGCUUGUUUUCAGAGGCUUCCAAAGAAGUGGCAAAAGAUGUCCCAAAUACAUUUAUAAUGUUUGAUUUCCCCUGUAAUUCUUAAAGUUUUAAAUUUGAAGCAGGUGUUCAUAAUAGCCAAGGGUCAGCUAGCAAGGACUUACUAACUCUACCCUUAAACACACAGCUUUGAAGAGUGAAUGACAACAAAGCAACUUUCCAACUUUUUAAUCCAGGCCCCCAAAAAAGGGACAAUUCAUACGGCAUGUAACAGUUAAAGAAAACAGAAGACUUGUUCAUUCUGGAAAACAUGUACAUUAUAUGAAAAUAAACCUUAUCUCUGUGUA